GGGAACCCACAGCCUCUCAGGGCUCCAGUGACGACACACACGGCCCUGUGUGGCCCCUCCGUGGAGUCCAUCUGCGGCUGCAGGGUUCACUCUGAGUUGUGGACACAAGCUCUCUCUGGCCUCUGCCCACCCACCCCCGAUUCUCCUCUGCAGGACUUACACCACAGGAUCGAUGGGUUCCGGGCAUCCCCGCCUUUGGAGGGCAGCCGCUUCCACUAUGGCUUCAACUCCAGCUACCUGAAGAAAGUGGUGUCCUACUGGAGGAACGAGUUUGACUGGAGGAAGCAGGUGGAGACCCUCAACCAGUACCCUCACUUCAAGACCAAGAUUGAAGGGCUGGACAUCCACUUCAUCCACGUGAAGCCUCCCCAGCUGCCCUCAGGCCACACCCCAAAGCCCUUGCUGAUGGUGCACGGCUGGCCUGGCUCCUUCUAUGAGUUUUACAAGAUCAUCCCGCUGCUGACUGACCCCAAGGCCAAUGGCCUGAGUGACGAGCAUGUGUUUGAAGUCAUCUGUCCCUCCAUUCCUGGCUAUGGCUUCUCAGAGGCAUCCAGCAAGAAAGGCUUCAAUACGGUGGCCACUGCUAGGAUCUUCUACAAGCUGAUGUCGAGGCUGGGCUUCCAGAAAUUCUACAUUCAAGGCGGGGACUGGGGCUCCCUCAUCUGCACCAACAUGGCCCAGCUGGUUCCCAACCACGUGAAAGGCCUGCACUUGAAUGUAGCUUUCAUUACAAAAAACAUCUACACCCCGACCCCUCUCCUGGGCCCGCGUUUCGGGAGAUUUCUCGGCUACACUGAGAGAGAUAUCGAGCUGUUGUACCCCUUCAAGGAGAAGGUUUUCUACAGCAUCAUGAGAGAGAGUGGCUACCUACACAUCCAGGCCACCAAGCCAGACACCGUGGGCUGUGCCCUGAACGACUCGCCUGUGGGCCUGGCUGCCUACAUCUUAGAAAAGUUUUCCACCUGGACCAAUCAGGAAUACCGUGACCUGGAGGAUGGAGGCCUGGAGAGGAAGUUCUCCCUGGAAGACCUGCUGACUAACAUCAUGAUCUACUGGACAACAGGAACCAUUGUCUCCUCCCAGCGCUUCUACAAGGAGAACAUGGGCCAGGGCAUCAUGGUCCAUAGGCAUGAAGGGAUGAAGGUCUUUGUGCCCACUGGCUUUGCGGCCUUCCCUUGUGAGCUACUGCACACUCCAGAAAAGUGGGUGAAGGUCAAGUACCCCAAGCUCAUCUCCUAUUCCUACAUGGAACGUGGGGGCCACUUUGCUGCCUUUGAAGAGCCCAAGCUUCUGGCCCAGGACAUCCGCAAGUUCGUGUCCCUGGCAGAGAGGCAGUGACACCCUCCGGGAUCAACCACACCCUCAGCAAUAGCCCUGGCACCUCCCCAGUCUCCCUUCAGUGAGAUGCCCCCUUUCUGAGGAGUGAGCUUAAAGUUUUGUGCCCUGCAGGCUCUGGGAGCCUGGGUACACACCUCCACCUCUCACCACCCCUAUGUUAGGUCACAGACCUUAAAACCCACAGCCACUUGGGGGGCUGGAGAGAUGGCUCAGAGGUUAAGAGCACUGGCUGCUCUUCCAGAAGUCCUGAGUUCAAGUCCCAG